AUGGAUUUUAAUGAAUGUUUCAUUCAUCCAAAGUCAUUCUCUUUAGACCCUAACAUUUAUACAGAACUUGUAGAACAUUAUACAAACGAGGCUUUAUGUUUUCCUGUUAAAGUUAUGGAUUGGAUUCCUAUGGACGGUUCAUUCUCAAAGAAUACAGAUAGUUCAAGUGCAACAUUUACAGCAGCUUAUACGCCUAUUAAUGUUAAAAGUAUUUGGGCACUAUUUAGAAAGAAAGACAACUAUUAUGUUAAUUUUGAGAACCCUAAGUUUAAAUAUCUUCAGCUUUCCAUGGGAGCUUAUGGAAAUAUGCCUGCAGAACCUGAAAAAUCAUAUGGACCUGUAUUUUAUGAAAUGGUUGCGAACGCCUGCAAUACAAACAAUGAUAUGAUAGGAUUUAAUGAAGAUGUUAUGAGGUCAUUGGUGGAUGAUGGUAGUGUGGAACAUAAAUGGGAUAGCUAUGACAACACACAUUUCUUAUGUGGUUUUCCAACAGAAGUGGACUUUUGCUUCCAGCAAGGUCAAACAUCUACUGCUCCAAUAACAUACAAAUUGUCUGUUAAAGGACCUAUUGAACUAGCAACUGAAAAUGUACCAAAGCCACUUAUUGGAUUUAUGAGGGAUUGUUGCUUUGCAAUACAAGUAAGACAGUCAGGCAUACCAAUAAUAAGACUUGACGACUAUAACUUAGCAACUGACGACAGUGAGGAAUAA